AUGGAAAUUGAAGCCAACCCAGAAAACCAAAUCCCAAUGCCUGCUUUUGACCCAGCUGAGAUCCCUAAAGUACCAGCACCCCAUCCCCCAGACUAUGACACAUGGUUUGAUGACCAUAGGGAUUAUGAGCAACGCUACCCAAUACCAGAUGAACCCAUGCAAAACUUAGUAGGACCCUACCCAGACCUGGACCCUCUAGACCCCUAUUAUGAUAAUGACCAAUACAGCAGGGAGAUCCUAGAGAACCCUUACCCUUACGAAGAACCCAUGCCCCAGUUCCCAGAUCCAAUACCAGCACCUGCACCACCCAUGAGCACCGAGAAUGUGCAAGAACUCCGAACCUUUAGUGAGGAGAUUUUAGAAGGAAGUGAAAUAAUGAGACAAAUAGGUGAAAGGCUCGUCUGGAAAUAUGACGAGCGUAACAUGUAA